UUCGAUCGUUCAUUGUUCCUGCCUGCGAAGGAUCGUUCCCGCGCAUUUUGUUCCUGUGUGUGUGGGGGGGCCUUCGGUUGAAGUGGUCGGCGAUCUGAAGGGGCCCACUCACUUGUAAAUUCCGAAGCACUUUUCUACCGCAUUAUCUGGUUCGAGGGUUGCGCCGAGUUCAAGUUCUCCUCGUAGGUAUUUCGCGGCAGUUGACCAGGGAAGGAUCACUUAUGAAGGAUAUCAUGUAUUCCAAGAUGUAUGUCAUCAAGAGAGAUGGGAGGAGGGAGAAUGUCAUGUUUGACAAGAUAACCAAUCGCAUCAACAAGCUCUGCUACAAUUUGAACAUGAAUUAUGUUGACCCUCCUGCAAUCACGCUGAAGGUGAUAAGUGGGCUGUACCCGGGAGUGACGACUGUAGAACUGGACAACCUGGCCGCUGAGACGGCGGCCACCAUGACCACAAAGCACCCGGACUAUGCCAUCCUCGCAGCCCGCAUCGCCGUCGCCAACCUCCACAAGGAGACCAAGAAGACAUUCAGCGAGGUGAUUGAGGACCUGUACAACAUGACCAGUGAACACUCCGGCUUGAAGACGCCCAUGAUCUCUGACGAGCACUACAACAUCAUCAUGGAGAACGCUGACAUGCUGAAUUCUCACAUUAUCUAUGAUCGGGACUACACGUACAACUAUUUCGGAUUCAAGACUUUGGAGCGCUCGUACCUGCUGAAGAUCGGCGGCAAGGUGGUGGAGAGGCCACAGCACAUGCUGAUGCGCGUGGCCGUCGGCAUCCACGGCUCCGACAUCGAGUCGGCCAUCGAGACGUACAACCUGCUGUCGGAGAAGUGGUUCACGCAUGCGUCGCCCACGCUGUUCAACGCGGCCACAAGACGCCCCCAGCUCUCCAGCUGCUUCCUGCUGACCAUGGCCGAUGAUUCGAUCGAGGGCAUCUACGACACGCUGAAGCAGUGCGCCCUCAUCUCGAAGUCAGCCGGCGGCAUCGGCCUCAACGUGCACUGCAUCCGCGCCCAGGGCAGCUACAUCAGCGGCACCAACGGCACCAGCAACGGCCUGGUGCCAAUGCUGCGCGUCUACAACAACACCGCCCGCUACGUCGACCAGGGCGGCAACAAGCGUCCCGGCGCGUUCGCCAUCUACCUGGAGCCGUGGCACGCGGACAUCUUCGACUUCCUGGACAUGCGGAAGAACACUGGCAAGGAGGAGAACCGCGCCCGGGAUCUGUUCUACGGCCUGUGGAUCCCAGACCUGUUCAUGAAGCGCGUCGAGUCGGACGGCGUGUGGAGCCUCAUGUGCCCGCACGACUGUCCCGGCAUGUCCGACUGCUGGGGCGACGAGUUCGAGAAGCUGUACACCAAGUACGAGGCCGAGGGGCGCUUCCGGAAGCAGGUGCGCGCGCAGGAUCUGUGGGCGGCCAUCAUUCAGUCCCAGGUGGAGACUGGUACGCCUUACAUGCUGUACAAGGACGCCUGCAACGGCAAGUCCAACCAGCAGAACCUGGGCACCAUCAAGUGCAGCAACCUCUGCACCGAGAUCGUCGAGUACUCUGCGCCCGACGAGGUGGCGGUCUGCAACCUGGCAUCCAUCGCUCUGAACCGCUUCGUCACCGACGACAAGACGUACAACUUCGAGAAGCUGAAGGAGGUGGCCAAGGUGGUGACGCGCAACCUCAACAAGAUCAUCGACAUCAACUUCUACCCGGUGCCGGAGGCUCGGCGCUCCAACAUGCGGCACCGGCCGAUCGGCAUCGGCGUCCAGGGCCUGGCCGACGCCUUCAUCCUCAUGCGGUACCCGUUCGACUCGGAGAAGGCCGAGAUGCUCAACCGACAGAUCUUCGAGACCAUCUACUACGGCGCGCUGGAGGCGUCGUGCGAGCUGGCCGAGCGGCUGGGCCCCUACGAGACGUACCCGGGCUCGCCGGUCAGCAGAGGGAUCCUGCAGUACGACAUGUGGAAGGUGACACCGACGUCGCUCUGGGACUGGUCGUCGCUGAAGGCGCGCAUCGCGCAGCACGGCGUGCGCAACUCGCUGCUGCUGGCGCCGAUGCCGACCGCCUCCACCGCCCAGAUCCUGGGCAACAACGAGUCGAUCGAGGCGUACACCAGCAACAUCUACAGCAGGCGCGUCCUCUCCGGCGAGUUCCAGAUCGUGAACCAUCACCUGAUGCGUGACCUGACAGAGAUGAACCUCUGGGACGAGGACAUGAAGAACCAGAUGAUCGCGGCCGGCGGGUCCGUGCAGGCGAUCGAGGGCAUCCCGCAGGAGCUGAAGGACCUGUACAAGACGGUGUGGGAGCUGUCUCAGAAGGUGGUGAUCAAGAUGGCGGCCGACCGCGGCGCGUUCAUCGACCAGUCGCAGAGCCUCAACGUGCACAUCGCCAGCCCCAACUUCGGCAAGCUCACCUCCAUGCACUUCUACGCGUGGAAGCUGGGCCUGAAGACGGGCAUGUACUACCUGCGCACCAAGGCGGCCGCGUCGGCCAUCCAGUUCACCGUGGACAAGACGCGACUGACGCAGACGCAGAAGGCGCCCGUCGACAGCGAGACUCCCGCAGAGAAGACAAAGUCGCCGGAGAAGAGCGAAGAGGAGGCGUACAACCUGGCCGCCAUGUCGUGCUCGCUGCAGAACCGCGACGACUGCCUGAUGUGCGGUUCGUAGCUCGAGCCAGCGACCGGCUCGCCCCGCCCCGCGCGCUCCCCCGAGGCGGCAGGGCCACUCCUCCCCAGGCGCCUGGGCUCCACGCGGCGCGCGGCGCCACGGACAGCCCACCUGAUGAAAUGUGAAACGCCGCCAGCUGUUUGCGUGUGCAGGUUUGCUGCCGCCCUUGUGAUGCUUCCGUGAGACGUUUAUGUGAAGCUUUCGUGAGACCUUGAUGUGAAGCUUGUCAGCGGUGUCCCCAGUGAGUGGUGCCGAGAAGGCCAAGUCAGUGAGACAUGCCUGGCAAUGUGCUUCCUAGUCCGCUCCCCGCGUUCUCCAUUCAAGUACAUGGUGUUGCUUGUUCACCCGCUGUGCUUCACUGAAAUACAUUGCUUCAAGCACGUGCAUUGG